CAUGUAGAUUAAAAAAAGUGAGGCAUUGAAAACAGGAUGUUUCUAAUGACAGAGAAUUAUUCUGAAUUUAUAUCCUAACUUGACAGGUUCACGCAAAUUAUAUCAAAUAAGCAAGAAAAAAGGUUAAAUGGAGUAGGCAAUAUGAAGCAAUAUAAAGCAAUAUGUUAAUUGACUGAACUGAGAACAAAACACUCUCCAUUAGCCAACAGAUUGCUCAUUUGUUUCUGGUGGAUAACCGUCAGGUAACUACUUUUUAUAGGAGCACUUGGUGUCUCAUUUUUGACAACCACGCUCUUCAGUAUGUCGGCCGUGUCCCUUUUAAGUAAAUAGCAAACUCUUGCCGGCUUUUUGCCCUGUCAAAGCUGUAGAGGGUUGCAUUAAGACCCUUCACUAUUUGCUGUAAAUUAAUCACAAAAUGAUGCGGUUAUAUUGAUCACUGUUCAUAUAAAGUACAUGCAUGCAAUUCAAAGCGUGGGCGGAACUCUAAAAUGCUUUAGUUUAACUGACUGAAGAGGAUGCUAGAAACAUUCAGUUAGCAAGGAAGCCGAGCGGUAGCCUCGAAUACUGGGGUCGCGGAUACAGCUGAAACAUGAAGAUUCCUCACCAGCGAAAAAACCUCGAGCUUUGUUUGGUGAAAUACUUUUUGCUCUCUUCUUUGACACUGCUCUGGCUCCAAGAUGCCUCAUCCGCGACUGACAUGAAGUGUGAAAUAAAGUCCUCCUGUUCCUCGCCGGUGUGUCAACAGACCAAUCCGAUGACGGUGUUUCCAGGCUCCAACGUAACUCUCAACUGCUCUAUCGUCACUGAAGGACUUGCACAAGGCAUGACCUGGAGCCAAAUGCUGGAACAAGUUAAGAAUAGUACGGGGUUACCAAACUUCAUUUUGGAACGUUCGAAUUCUACGACAAAUAGUGGAAAACAUUCAUGUCAGUGUACCACUAUAAAUUUCACACGUGCACUGGAAAUUGUUUAUUUUACGAGUACACCCAAUGAUAUCAUCCAAGACAAAAUAGGGGAAUUGAAAUGCGUUUUCUUAGGUUGGCCUCUCCCUCGCACAGUACUUUGGCACAAAGAUAAUGAACUCAUCAGCAACGGAACCGAAGGCAUUUAUCAUUCGCUGCAGGAGAAAGGAGAAACUCUGCAUAGCAUACUUCAUCUUCCACACGGACGCGAAGAGCAGGCAGGAUUCUACAACUGCAGUGCAACGAAUAGUAUUCCUGGCUGGUCGAGCAGUGCGUCUAAGAAGAUACAGAUGUUAUAUGAGUGUCCCUCAGCGAGAAGCCCGACCAUUGCCUCAUCGGAGAUUUUUGCAAGCAAAUCCUCAAACACCAACCUUACAUGCUGGAUUGAUUAUGAAUCCUACUGUCCAGAUAGUUUGACUUGGCAUUUAAAUGACAAUCGGACGCCCUUGCCAGAAAACGGUCCGAAGUUUAAAGUGGAAGAAAAAGAUACUCAUUCCACAUGCAAAAAAGAAUUCAUCCUCUCUAUAUUCAACGUGACGGAAAUUGACGAGGGAACAUACAGCUGCCACUGGCAUUGCGAGUACGAAAACACUACAAAAGCUGCCAUUGAUUUGAAAGUAUUUAAUCCACAACCAACAGAGAUUUCAGAACCAACAGCAUCAACAACAACGAAACAAAGGACAACUUCAAAUCAGUUAAGCACAGUUUUGGGUUCUCCCACUUAUUUAGGGAGUGGCAGAGAUUGGCUCCUGCCAAUUAUCAUAUUAUCAGCUGGAAGUGUGGCAGUCUUGAUCAUGUUAUUCAUUCGGUUUAUUGUCAAGAAAAAAUGGACAUCAUCCUAUAAUAUUAAAAAACAUGGUCUCGUGGAAACGGAUUUCAUAAACCGACUGUUUAUCAGCUACAGUUCAAAGGACUUUGGUUGGGUCACUGAGAAUCUCAUCUCAAUUCUUGAAAAGCACUCGAUUGACUACAGCAUCCACAGCCGGGACUUUGAACUUGGAAGACCCAUCGUCCAGAACAUGGCCGACAGUGUGUACGGCAGUCGUCAAGUGUUGAUUGUUUUGUCUGAGAAUUACCUCGCCAGCAACUUUUGUCGAGAGGAGCUGCACAUGGCCAUACAAAGAGGGUUGGACGUGGGAGACUCGUCUUUGAUUCUUGUGAAGAUUAACGACUUGAAGAAAAAGAAAUUGCCUACCGCCUUGAGAAAGAAACGUCUACUGGACUUUGACAAACACAGGAAGAAACAAGAUUGGGAGGAGAAAAUAUUACGUGAGAUAUUGGAAGGUAAAUUGACUGCUAAUGUCUAGAAGUUAAGUUAAGAACUCGCACAACGCAUAAGAACUUUAACUUGCAUGAGAUCUAGAGGGUAGUGUGGUAACAAUUUUUAUCGUUUUAAGGCAAUGCUUAUUGCUUGUAUUUGAUUUUGUAAUUAUUUCCCAUUAGGUGCAUAAAUAGCUGCAUUUCUUGGAUAGUAGCAAAGAGGCUCAAAACAAAUUUCAAUCCAACGUUGGGCGACAACUAAAAAUCUUUGCGCUCAUGAGAAUCGAAACUUCCCAACCUAACUCUGUUUUCUAACAACCAAAUAAUUAAGGUGGCUGGAAACAGUUUCCAGCGCUUUCCCAACCUUUAUACAUUGAGGCGUCAAUACUAUCACCUUUUAUCGAGGAAUGCUACACAAAUUCCCUGUUGCCGAUACUUCAACUCAACAACAUUUGCAGUUUUAAGACCAUAAUUUAUUCCACAAGUCCAGCCAGUUUUUACCACGCCAAAAUUCUACACGACCAAAACAAAACCAUGUGCUCACAUCCGGGUUACAAAGUUUCUUACUUAGUACUUCAUAUAAUGUCCAGGUAAUGUCAAAUCCGAUUAAAGAUAGAAAACUACAGUUCUGCGGCGGGUAACACGCCCAGCCAUUGGUGAAUCAAUAACGGUACUUUUUAUGGGAUAAUGAGUUACCAUUACAACAAUACAAGCUGUUAGAAACACUCUUAAUUGUAGCCUCAAUUGCUUAUAGUUCAACAACGGGCCACGUGACACCCAUUUUUCUUUAUUAUCGUCUUGUAAUAAGAAUGAAAAGAGAGGGUGGGUAAGGGGGCUCUGAUAACAUUUCACGGAAAAUGAAUAGGUCUUUUCAUAGUUGAUGGUAAAUCAAAUAGACGAAUCACGUAUCACGAAACUAGCGACAAAUUUUUGCUCUGGAACUUGUGCAAUUAAGAGCUUUCAGAGAGUUAAGAGUGCGAAGAACAGCUCCGCUUCCUUUUUUCCGCAAGAAACAAAAGAAAAACAACAUUUUUCUGAAGACUUAUGCAGAAUGAUGAAACAGAUUUACUUUAACGAUUAUGAAAUAACAGUUGUCAAAAAAUAAUAGAAAACAAUCAAAAUAAAGUUUCAUGACGGAUUAGAUGUUUAUUUCUCAUUUUGCAGAGAAGUAUAUUAAAAAAUCAUGCCUCACGUUUACCGAAAUCACAUUUCAUUUGAAAAAAAAAAGAGAUUCCACGUUCCACGUAAAAAAAUAAGGCCAUUCACAAAUCAAAAAAAUACCCUUUGCCACUCUCAUAAGAGGCAGUUGUUUUUUAAGGUUAUGUGAAGGAGUGGGAGGG